AUGCCGAAGCCGAGAACGAAACGACAAGCCAUUCGCGAUGAGCGCAAGAAGAAGAGGAGGGAAACUCACGAAGAGAACCCUGAUGCAAUCGACGACGAACGCCAAUCGAAGCGCAGACGGGUUGGGGAUGAGGAAGACCAGGACCAGGACCAAGACGCCGAACAUCAAACAUACGACGAUGCCGGCGACCACCAGCAGUCUUUCCACGGCAACGGCCCGGAAAAGGAGUUCUUUGGAAUGCUCGCAGACGAAGAGCAGGAAUACUUCCGCCGCGCCGACGAGCUGCUCGAACUGAACCAGUUCCCCUCCCCCGAGGAGCGCCACGUCUUCCUGCAAAACGUCUACAAGGAGGCCCGCGGCAAGGAGUUGAAGCUGGCCAGCAGUCAAUCGCUGUCGCGCCUCAUGGAGCGCCUGAUUCUCCUCUCCAACACGAAACAGAAGAAGCAGAUCUUCAACGCCUUCGCCGGCCACUUCCUGUCGCUCGUCCAGCACCGAUUCGCCAGCCAUUGCUGCGAAAAGCUGUUUCUCGAAUCCGCGCCGAUCGUGACACAAGAGCUCGGCGGCAUCGUGCCUGAACCCGAGGCCGACGAUGAGAUGGAGCUCGAGGAGGGCGCCGAACCGGACAACACCAUGGAGAACCUCUUCCUUAUGACCCUGGACGAGUUCGAGCAACACAUGGGCUUUCUCCUCACAGAUCGGUUCGGAUCACACACGCUGCGUGUGCUCCUGAUCGUUCUCUCGGGCCGCCCGUUGGACGACUCGGCCGCAAAGUCCCUUCUGAAGAGCAAGAAGAAGGAGUACAUCUCCGUCCAGGGAGCCACCGGUGCCUCGGAUGAGCUCACCCACCAGCUGCGCGCCGUCCCGGAGUCCUUCACCCUGGCCACCAAGAAGAUCAUCCAGGACGCCGUCGCCGGCAUGGACUUCACUGCCCUCCGCGUCCUUGCCAAGCAUCCCACCGGCAACCCUCUCCUCCAACUUCUAUUGGAGCUCGACAUCUCCCUGAACCACAAGACUGACAAGGCGUCGGCGGCGGCGUCGAGCAAGGACUCCUUGCUGUACAGGCUGCUGCCCGACGCCCCUGCGUCUCUCAGCGACGAGACCUCGCAAGCGGCGGAUUUUGUCAACAGUAUGGUCUACGACCAGAUCGGAUCCCGCCUUCUCGAGACCCUCAUCACGAACUGCCCCGGCAAGAUCUUCAAGGCGCUCUCUCACAACUUUUUCGGCGAGCGCAUCGCGACUUACGUCCGCAACGACAUCGCAUCUUACCCCGCCCUCCGCGUCCUGAACCGCGUCAGCAAGGACGACCUAGUAGAAGCCGUCAAGAAAAUCAUUCCCGCCGUGCCCCUCUUGGUGACCAAGGCGCGCUACAACGUCCUCAAGACGUUGUUCGAGCGAUGCGAGGCCCGCGGGGCCUACGAAGAGAAGAGCGCCCUCACCAGGGCGCUGACUGACGCGUUGGGCUCCAACCCAAAGGACCUGGUCCCGAAGUUGUGUCACCUGGUCGAGGACGAGUCCGCCGACAAGGAAAAGUUCCAGCAGUCGCCCCAGAACAAGACCGCCGUCGCCGCCCACGGGUGCCAUCUCGUGUCGACCAUGCUCAAGACGCCCGGCAACCCCACCAAGGUGGCACAGAAGUCCCUCGCCGCCGUGCCCGCCGAUCUUCUCGUCAAGCUCGCCACCACGGCGAUGGCGUCGAUGACGGUCCUGACGACGGCCCUCGCCAGCCCCGCGGCCCCCCAGAACGAGUUUUUCCACAAGACCCUCGUCGGCGCCCUCGCGCCGCACGUCGCGGAGCUGGCGCAGUCCCAGUUCGGCCACAACGUCGUCAACGCCAUCAUCGAGGUGCCGUCGCGCGGCAAGGACCGCUCGAUCCCGUUCCACGUCAAGCAGACGAUUAUCUCGACACUCGCGGAGCACGAGCGGACGCUGCGCGACUCCUGGACGGGGCGCAGCGUGUGGCGGACGUGGAAGGGAGACAUGUGGAAGUCGAGGCGGUCUGAUUGGGUCAAGUGGGCCAAGGAGGUGGACGGGCCGGCUGAGGAGACGAAGCUGAAGCCGUGGGAGAGGAGGAAGCUGGAGCAGCAAAGGGGCCCCCAACCGAGGCAGCUUCCCAGGGAGAUGUUGAAGCAGGACGAGGAGUGA